GUAGAAUUAGGAUAAAUCUUACUAAAAAAAUAUUAAUAUUUACAUCACCCAAAGAACUAAUUAGCUAUAACAUAGUAAUAAGAUGUUAGGUCACUAAAAAAUAAUCUAACCAUUUGUUAUGUUAGCUUACUAAUCUAGUGAAAAUGGUGACCUUAAUUUUAAAAUUUCUUUCAAAAUUGGAAUCAAACAUGCCCAAAAAUUCAUCUUUGCCAUAACUAAUAAAAAAAAUAAAAAUAAAUCCCAAUAUCAUUUCAAUCAUCUUCUUUUUGGGUAUAAUUGAUGACCAUUGUAAUGAUUAGCUACAUGGUCCACAACAUGUUUAACACUUUACUAAAAUCACAAUCCUUAAGCUAAAAGUCAUUCAUCAUUACACAUAAUAAUAGUAAUAAAAAAAAAAGUUACUUAAUUAUGGAAGAAGAAUACAAAUGCAAUAACAGAUAAAAAUAAUAAAAGUAAAUUAAAGCAAAAAACACAUUUCUUAUGCUUAAAUCAUUGAUUCAUUGUUCUGUUAACCUAAAAUAGAAACCCAAAGAAAUCGAACGAGACUUACUUCCAUUAACAUACUCCAACUCGGAAAUGACUUGAUAUAUAGCUUACUUUAUAUUGUGGUUGUGAAUGCUCCUAAAUCAUUAACAUAUUGUUUAUGCUUUUAAUAUUUCAUAUACACUACUUGUUAUAUAUAUAGCUAACUUUGAAGUUUGUUUGUUAAUGGUGUAGACAUGGCGAACUCGGAAUCAGGAUCUGAUUCGGGAGCAGAAAAUGAGUGUCCAACCACAAUACCUACACGAGGGCCGACGCAAAUGAAUGAAAUAUCCAAACUAAUGGAUCAAGGCAAAAGAGUGGCCCUCGAAGUUAAUGAUAAAGGUCAAUACUGUGGAAAAAGCUACGCGAAGCUCGUAUCCACUCUGGGAGUCAGAUGUCGGCAGACAAUAGGGUUGGCUUAUAAAAAUUGGAAAGAAGUCAACCAGACUCUGAAAAAUAAAGUUUGGAAAGACAUUCAGACGGGGUUCAUUGUGCCGGACACCUUCAAACAUGAUUGUCUCAUCCUAGCUGGGAAGUUAAUGAAAGACUUCAAGAAUAGGAUGACAAAAGACAUCAUAAUGCCCGCGUUGAAAGAGAAUGAUCUGGGACGACUGGCACAAGUCCCUGAAAAGCACCCGGAGAUCGACGCUGCUGAUUGGUCCAAAUUUGUUGAAAGUCGACUAACUCCUAAAUUUCUGGUACGCUAAUUAUAUUAACACUAAGAUAAACUCUUAAAUACAAGUACAUGUAUCUAAUGUAUUUUUUUGGCAUUGUAGGAAUUGAGUAAGGUGCAACGUGAACGUUCCUCAAAAAUUCAAUCCAGACAUCGAAGUGGUCGGAGUGGAAUGGUGAACGUACGGGAAGCUGUGGUAAGUAAUACUAAAAAUUUAAUGUGCUAUACAAUUUAAUUGGUACUCAUUUCAUUGUUAUAACGUUAUGUAGAAAAAGGACCUCGAAGUUGCAGAUCCUCCCCGCCACCGUGUUUGGAUUAAAUCUCGCACCAAGAGUAGAAAACUUGUCACUGAUUACGACAAGGAAAUUGCCGAGAAGAUAGUAAGUAUAUAUUAAUCCUUAAUUGAGUUCUACUCAUGAGUUAGUGUAUAUAAUUCAUAUACUAAUUGCUUGAAUAUAUGCGUGCAUUAG